GUUCACGGCAUGGAUGGAGGCCAAUAAGAAGUACCCGGAAGGAAGAUUAUUGACGUAUGCAAAGUUUACUCAGAAGUUUGUUUGGAAAAAGAAGACAAGAGAGUUGGCUCCUUCGCUAUUGGCAGAGUCUACUAUGUUCAUCCCGGUAGGGGUGAAUCGUAUUACAUUAGGUGUCUUUUGAAUCACAUUCGCGGUGCAAUGAGUCAUGAGGAUUUGAGAACAUUAAAUGGUGUUGUUUAUGAUUCUUUUCGUGAUGCAUGCUAUGCGUUAGGUUUGCUUGACGACGAUAAAAAAUUCAUCGAUGCUUUUAGUGAGGCAAGUCAUUUCUCAUCUGCCUAUUGUUUGAGGAUUCUUUUUGUAAUACUGUUAUGGACAGAGUCGAUGGCUCGACCGGAGCAUGUUUGAAAAAAUGUUGGUCAUACGUGGUUGAUGAUAUACAAUACACGCGAAGGCGAAUAUUGCAUCAUCCAGAAUUAAUUCUGUCAAAUGAACAAUUAGAGAGAUUUGCUUUGGAAGAAAUAGAAAGAUUGUUGCAGAGCCGUGGAAAGAGUUUGCACGAUUACCCUCCGAUGCCUACUGUUGUGAUUGAUUCACUGCUAUCUUCUAAUGACAAACUUAUAUAUGAAGAACUUUGUUAUGAUCAAACCGCCAUGAGUGAGGAACAUUCAACGUUGUUCAAGUCUCUUACGGAUGAGCAACUCCGAGUAUAUGAGACGAUAAUGCAGUCUGUUAAUGAAGAGGUUGGUGGUGUUUUUUCUGUAUGGGUACGGUGGUACGGGAAAGACAUUUGUAUGGAAGACCCUUUUCUGCUGCCAUUAGGUCUAAAGGGGAGAUUGUUCUGAAUGUUGCAUCAAGUGGUAUUGCAUCUCUUCUUUUGCCGGGUGCAUGUACGGCUCAAUCUCAAUUUGCAAUACUGAUAAGUCUGAAUGAAGAUUCAACGUGUAAUAUUAAACAAGGAAGUCUGCUGGCCAAGCUUAUUGUACGGUGUAAGUUGAUAAUGUAACACCGAACCCGAAUUUUAC